UUGGAGGGAAUCCAUUCGUUGUUUUUCUUUCAUGACCGAUGCUCAACGACAGCGCUUUGAUUCUCUCAUAGAACAAGGUUCCUUUUAUGAAGCUGAACAAAUGUGUACUGCUUUGUACCAUCGAUUGCAACGUUCUGGAAAGAAGCAAGAGGCCUUUGACUUGCUUUUAUAUGGUGCUCGACAAUUAGCAAAAGGGGAACAAUUCCAGUGUGCUUUUGUAUUACUUGACAAAGCACAGGAAUAUAUGAAGAAGCAAUACUUUUCAGAGGAGAGUUUUUCACAAGUUUUAAAUCUUCUUGGCACCACCUUUCCUAACCACCUGAAACCCAAAGUUACGUUGCUCAACAAACUGGAAAAACUUGCUUCCGAGAAACACUGCUCUGAAGAUAUUGUACACAAACUGCACAAGUUCCAAGCUGAAACUUGCAUUGGAAUGGAAGACUAUCGCCGUGCACUUUCAUAUUACAGUUUUCUCAAUGAUACUCAACUAUAUACUUCCAUUUUAGAGCAGUGGAUGUCUGAAGGACUAUAUAGUGAAGAAGACCUCUUUGUAACGAGACAAAUAUUAUGCUUACUUGCUCAAGGAAAGAGAACGAUGGCAAAGGAAGUGUUCAAACUUUGUUUACAGAAACACGACAAUUUGAACUCAUCUCCAUUGAUUGGCUUUAUAUAUCUAUUAUUGGAGUGUUUGGAGCGCAACUUGUUUUCUUCACUAGAAUCUUUGAUAGCAAUAUAUAAAUCAGUUUUUGAUAGAGAUGCAAACUUGUGGAAGCUUUUACAUGAAGCCAUUGAUUAUUCUAAGAAACAUCGAUAAAGCAAAUCAUUGCGAGAGAGAGAUGAUGCAAUCCAUUGCUGUUGACGAAUUGAGAAAUCUCUGGUGGUCCUAUGAGACUCUCUUGUUGUAU